AUGGCACAAUUAUUAAAUAAAAUAAGGAUUUGGAUUGAAAGGAUGUUAGGGGAAAUGAUGAAGGAAGAUACUGAAGGAACUGGUAAGAGUCUAUGCGAAGGGAUGGAACAAGGAGGGAAUGGAAUGACUGAGGGGCAGAGGGAGGUGUGUGCCUUCAUUGUAAGAAAUUUGUUAAAAAUAAAGGAACUAAGUGGGGGUCAAUGUGAAAGCGGAAAUGCUGAUAAGGAAAUGGAAGAGUACGUCUACUGCGCAGUAAUAAAUAUGUGGAUAUAUGAAUAUAGGCAGGUACACUGUGAAACGGAAAAUGUUAUAACGAAUGCAUUCGGUGCAAUGGAAAAAGUGAAAGGGGGAUUUGGUGCACGAACUCAGUGUGAAGAAUGUGCGUAUAAAAUAAUGGAACAUAUGAAUAUGGGGCACAUGGAUAUGUUAGGAGUUAUUCGUGCUGCCAUGGAAGUAAAGGAAAAAAUUAUGGCUUUAAUAAAGAAGAAACCAGAAAAACCAUGUCCAAAACAGAAAAAUGCUCUAUCAGCAUUAGUUCCUUCAUCUGAUAGUGAUAUGGGGACUACAGCACAUCCACAACAACAACAACAUCAACAAACAGGAGAAGGAGUAGCGAAGCCAGUUACCGUCCCCGUCACCACUACAAGCACAACAACAAGACCAUAUCAAUUCUUAACCAAAUUAUUGGAAAGGUGGAUAAUAGCACGAGGCAUGAACGAUGUGGAAGAUUUCGGGAAACUUAUAUGGCAAGACCUAAGAAUUGCGUUCGACGACAUGAUGAAUAAUGUCCUGGAGGACGCGAACGAUGAAAAAACAAUGUGUGCCAGAGUAGGUCCAGACGGUAAGCAAAUGCUCAAUAGGGACAAUGACAGUAAGGAGUUAUGUAAAAUGCUAAUGAAAAUAUCGAUGUGGAUAGAUGGAUGGGAGCAGAAAUUCAAUAGUAAGAAGAGGUGGCAUUGGGUACCAAGAGAACGGGAGAAAAAGGCAAAAGAGAGAAGAUUACAGAAUUAUCUAAGAUGUCUAAUAGGUAAAGUAACCAUGGUGGGAAUGUUUAAAACACAUUGUAAGUUAGGUAAAGUGGCUCCAGUAAUUAAAAGUAAUAUGGACGAAAAAAGGAAGGAAGGAAAGAUUAAGAAUAGAAGUGGAAUAUGUGAUGAAAUAGAUAAUGCAAGUUUAGGGGUGGGGGGAAAAUUAAUAUGGGAAGAAUUAGAUAAGUGGAUAAAUGGCUAUACAAGGCAGGCGAAUAAGGCAAAAGGCUUCCGGGAAGUAGAGGCAGGGAAGAGCCCACUGCACACAAUAAAGGGACAGGGGAAGAGAGGUUGCCUAACAGGGAAGGAAAAAAAGGAAAGGUCAGAAACCUUCGAGGAACUAGGAAUAGUAGUCACCUCAGGGGAAAAAGACAACAUAGCAGAGGACACUGUAAAUUGGAAAAAAAGUGCUAUAGGGGAUAUGUUAAAAAAAGUUAAACAAAAAGAAGAUCAAAGAAGGAAGAAAAUGGGAUGCCCCGAUACUAACCCUAGCGGAUUCGAGGAAGGAGAAGAACUUACUAUUAGUGAAUGGUUCACACACUUCUUUAAUGAACCAACAAAUGAUCCAGAUGAGAAGUUUGAUUGGGAUAAGUACGAUGGAUAUAAGAGUGUGUGUGAGACCAAUAGCUUGGGGGAUGGUAAAUUUGACCCCAGUAAACAUGGGGAGUUCUGUAAAAUUAUGUUAAAAAAUGUCAUGAUGGUUACAAAUAAGAAGAAUGUGUAUAACCCAAUGGACCAGAACCCUGCAUGUCGGGGGAAGCAUAUCCCACUCUGCGAUCUAUUAAAAGUAUGGAUGUAUUAUAUGAGUACCGUCUGUGCACCAAAGGAAGUUGCAGAUUAUGUUUUUACUGCUGUGGAGGCAUUAAGCCAAGAGUGGGGGAAGGAAGACUAUGUGAAGUGUGAAUACAAAGGAGUUGUAGAUCUUUAUAGGGGGAAUACAGAUAUGUUAUAUGAAGUGCACAAAUUAUUGCAGAAUAUUAUUAAUAGUAAUAUGUUAGGUGCAUUAAGUAAAAGGAAAUGGUGCGACGAGAGUACAAGACAAUAUCAAACGAACUUAAUGGAAAGUAGUACGCGUGCAAGGAGUGAUAAAGGAGAAAACAAUUCAAUCGUCAGUCAUAAUAGUGAGGGUACAGGGAUGGAGGACACCAUUAAGAAAAUUAAAGUAAGAAUGGAAGAGGAGGAAGAAGAAUUGAAGGGUGUAAUGGAAGUUGUUGAAGAAGUAGUGCAUCAACAACAACAACAACAAUCACAAGCAGUCCAACCUCAAGGACCACCCCCUCCAGUACCACGUGCUGAGGAAGAGAGGGGGGAUGGUAAAUACAAGGUACAGACGGUGCAAGAACCUCAACCCCCCCAACAGAGGGAACUACAGCCCCAAGCACCAUCAGCCCCUGCCACACCAUCUGCUCCUUUACCUGCUCCUGCUGUCCCAGGUGUGGGUGCAGAUGGUCCAGGUGGUGGUCCCCCUGCUGCCCCAGAUGAUAGCCCAGUUGACCAAGUUGGCAACCCAGCUGGUCCACGUGUACCAGGUGGUCUAGGUGCUGGUAGUCCUGAGGAUCCGUCCAAUCAACAAACUGGUCCGAAGUUAACUUCUCCAAGUACAAAAAAUACGGAAGACCUCGGGAAAACUGAAGUAGCAGUUGGUCCAGCAUCAAUAACAACAACAAUGGACUCUGGGAAAGUUACAAGAACUAAAGAUGGUCCAGGGAGGGGGGGUGGCGAAGCCACCCCCCUUCCUAUUCCAGUCGCACUUAGUAACAAGGUUGACCUCCUUACCCCAUACCUUCCUACAAUCCCUGUUGCCAUCGCCAUCUCUGUCAUAAGUUAUCUCCUUUGGAAGUAUUUUGCCGUUCUUGGUAAAAGCAGAAAACGUCACAGAAGAGCACAUCAAGUACCUGGUCUUCCAUCCUCAGAAGAACAACUCCUUGAUCAUGUGGAACAGGCGGAUGGUCCACAUGAAUAUACCUUAGUUAAGAAGCGAAAACAACCAAGAUCUGUUCCAACGGGAAUAAAGAGUUCAAAAGGAUGUAUUGGUCGCCGCAUGAUUAUUGAUAUUCAUUUAGAAGUCUUAGACGAAUGUCAAAAGGGGGACACCAAACUGGUUCAGGAAGACUUUUUUGAAAUUUUGGUUCAAGAAUUUAUGGGAAGCGAAUUCAUAAAAGAAGACUUUGUUCCUAAGGAAGAGCAUGUUCCAUAUGCAGAUUCCGGGUUUAGGGAGGAAGACUUUCUGCCUAAGGGACAAAUUUUUAUCGUUGAUAUUCCUAAGGAGGAUGUUCCUAAUGAACAGGUUCCAUGUUCAGAUUUCGGUUUUUAG